CGUCAGAAAUUUCAAUCUACAAGUAAAGAUCAGCCAUUAAAUAGUAUUUCUGUUGUAAUAUCAGUUUAUUUGGUACAGCAUAUGAUUUAAAUAAUUGCUCUAUAUUUUAUUUGCGGUCGUUCAAGAAAAUGGAUGUGCAAAAAACAGCUGGUUCUGUGUUUAUGUGUCGGCUCUGCAACCUCUUCUCUCCCACUCGCUCACUGCUGCUGGUCCAUUGCUCGCAGAUGCACCCACUUCACGAGCCUCAUGAAGACAUCAUCGUCGCUUUGCAGCCCCUUACAGGAGUACCCUUGGAAACGUUAGCAGAGAGCCCAGUUAAGCGGAAAAGAGGACGACCUAAAGGCUCCACCAAGAAAAUGCGCACAGAUUGCAGAGAUACCAGAGAGGACUCCACUCAGUCUCCAGACGACAAGGUCCAAAUACAAGAAAGGCAAAAUGAGGAGGAAGACAAACACGAUGAAAAUGACAGGAUUGCCGGGCUGAAAUGCAAAGACUGUCACCGUUUGUUCAGCAACAGACGACAGAUCGUCAAACAUAUUUGCCUGAAAGCACCAGAUGAGGAAGAAGAGGAGGAGGAUGACACUGGGGACAUCUGUAGAAGAGAAGAAGUUGAGGACUCUGAAAAUUUGGACCCUCAGGGAGUGGAUCUAAAUUCAAAGCACAAAAGUUCAGACACCAAGAGAAGAAAGAGAAUGAAGAGUUUUCAACGACCAAGACCCAACAAGAAAAGUCGUAUGCUUUCUGAUGGUGGCGAAAGCCAUGCAUCCAAAGAAGAUAGCCUUACAACUGGAAGCAAAAAAAGUGUCAUCAAUGUUGUACUCACGGAAGAUGAGUCACUGCCAGGUGUCACUAAAAUGAUUCCAGUUGAGAACGUUUCAACAGGAGAGGAGCAUGUAAACAUUCCGGAUGAGACUCAAAGUGCUGAAGUCUCACAGGGUGAACCAACUGACAAAGCUACCGGUACUCAAUUCCAACCUCCAGCCAAUGACGAAGACCCCAAAGCAGAACAGGAGCUAAGCUCAGACAAAGCGACAACAACACCUGGAAAAGGCUUCCAAGAAUAUUCCAUCAAGCAAGAUGCUCCCAAUUUAUUCCAGACCCAGCUGAAAGUUUUUGCCUGUGAGUUUUGCAAUAAGAUCUUCAAGUUCAGACACUCGCUCAUAUCCCACCUCAGGACACAUACCCAAGAGAAACCCUUCAAGUGUCCACACUGUGACUACGCAUCAGCCAUCAAAGCCAACCUGAACGUUCACCUGAGGAAGCACACAGGAGAGACGUUUAGAUGUCAGCAGUGUCCUUUCCACUGCCUCAGCCCAGGACACCUGAAGGUGCAUAUUGAGCGAGUACAUUUGAAGUUGAAGCAGCAUUGCAGCUACUGUCAGAAGAAGUACUCCGAUGUGAAGAACCUGAUCAAACAUAUUGAAAAAUGUCAUAAUCUGCAGGACCCGCUUAUCUACAAAAGCUAUCAACAACUGAGGUUGAAGACUCGCCAGGGCCUCAGACAACUCCUCUACCACUGUCCCACCUGCCAUCGUCACUUUAAGAACCUCUUGGAGCGUGAACGCCACCUGCUGGUCCACGGCCCGCAGCGGCCCUUCGCCUGCUUGCUCUGUGACCACGCUAGCACCAGCUUGGCCACCCUCGCCGCUCACGUCAGGAAGCAUCCCUUCUUGUAUGUGUGCUGUUCGUGUGACAAGAAGUUUGUCAGCUGUCAGAGACUCAAGUGUCACCUCGCCGAGUGUCACUCUGAGCUGCAACAAGAGCACGCGUUCACAGAGUGUAUUAAAAACAGCUUUUACUUGAUGAGCGGCGGACGAGGCUUGUCCGGAGAUGAUGGAAGAGAGGACACGGAGGGUAGCAAAAAACCGGGAGAUGACAGCAGGGAAGAACGUAUAAGAACUGGCGAUGAUGGUGAAGAUGAAGACGUUAAAUCUCAAGGCGAAGGUGCAGAUGCAGAGAGCACAAGUGAUGUUUGUGAUCGAAAACCUCAACUUCAGAGUAUCCCCAUGGCACAAAAAGGUGUGGAGUCCUCGAAGAGGGAGGACAAUAAGCAAGGACACACCACUCCCUUGGAAAACAUACCCACAAAUCCAAAUGCACAGUUAGCUGAUGACAACAGUCCAGUUUCUUCUUCAUUGUCAUUGUCAGAGAGUAAAGAUCUGUCCUCAACACCUUCCGAGGAAGAUGAGCCAACUCCGCAAUCUGACAAGGGAUCGCAAUUAAGUGCAUUCCAGCAGGUGUUGUCAUCCCUUCCCAAGACAUGUCUUGACAUUGAGAUAUUUCAGCGGCUCAGGAAAAUGUAUGGAGACUUGGAGUGUCAAUACUGUGGGAAACUGUUUUGGUACAAAGUCCACUAUAACGCCCACGUGCGUACACACACCAAGGAGCACUUGCACUACUGCUCAAAGUGUAACUACUCUUCUAUUACUAAGAGCUCUUUAAAGAGGCACCUCAUUCAGAAGCACAGUGGCUUGCUACUGCCAUGCUCCCAUCCGGGAUGUAACUACACAACGCCGGAUAAAUACAAACUACAAGCCCAUAGGAGGACACACCAAGAAGAGUGCAAGAGUGCCCCUUGUCCUGUCUGCCAUCAAAGCUAUCCAGAGCACAGACUGAAACGUCACAUCCAAAUAUCCCACCCUGAUACAAUACCAGUUAAAGGACUGAUGGUAAAGCGUGCAGAGAAGUGCCCGUACUGUGAGUCUUACUACCUAAAAAACAGCAGUGAUUUUCAGCAGCACAUCUGGGCUCACCAGGGUGUGAAGCCAUUUGUUUGCAGUAUUUGCGACUAUGCAAGCCGCAGCAGGAAUAACUUGAAAAAUCACAUGAACCGACAUAACAAAGAAAGAAGUCACGUCUGCGAUCUGUGCGGUAAAACUUUUAAAUCCAAAGUGUCGUUGAAGAGCCACCGACUGAGCCACACUGACGAAGGAAAACGGUUUAAGUGCUCUGAGUGUGACUUCACGUCGGUUUUGAAGGCUCCCUUGGCCCGACACAUGGAGCAGCAUGCUAAAUUUAAGCCAUUUCGAUGUGCUCACUGUCAUUACUCCUGCAACACGUCCGGUCCCCUGAAGCGACACUACAAGACAAAACACCCGGAUCAGAAAUACCAGAAUGUCGGAAAAGGUUUCUCUGACCAGGAAUAUUCAAAACAAGGUGGCAUCAAGUGCCCUGAAUGUAGAUUUGUUUAUGGCACCAAAUGGGAGCUGAAUCGACACUUGAAGAAGAAGCACAGUCCAAAACAGGUGGAAUGCACCUGGGAGGUGGAGGAGACCGUAGAAACACACUAUGUGCCUUUGGAGCAAGAAGAGCAGUUGACAGAAGAAAAUGUAGCUGCCCUGCAGGACAAUGGGACUGUUAAUAUUCUCCAGCAGAUUGCUGAGUUUAAUACCGAGACGCAUGACGCCAUCACCUCAAUGGUCGCCAUGGCUCCCGGCACUGUUGCCGUGGUAGAACAGGUGGCGAACGAAAAGGAGGUUGGCGACAACCAGCUGAUGGUUGUGAACGCAGACGGGGAUCUCACUGGUGACCAGGUGAUGGUGGUAGAGGAGGGGCACGGACUGGAGGCCCUGACGGUCCUCACCCAGGGCGACAGCACUCACCACUAUAUUGUCUACGUCCAAGAACACACUGUGGAAAUCAACGAGUAAAGCUCACAUUUUGCAUGAGACUCUCAAUUUUGCUGCAGUAUUCUUCAGCAGUUAUUAAUAGGUCUAUUUAUUGAGCAACAAAAUAUCUUACUCAUCUGUUCCCUGUUAGCAUUUGAUCUAAAAGUGCAAUACCUUCAAGAAAUACACUUUUUGUUUACAAAUCUUAUUUAAUAAAAUU